GGCGGCGGGGAGGGACGCGUGGCGGCGGGCGGGGAGCGGCGCCUUCCGCGGGGGCCGCGGGCGGCUCGGGGGUGCCGAGCAUGCUGUCCCUCCUGGUCAGGGCCGCCGCCACGGCCGCUCCGUUGCGCUCGCUGUGCCGCUCGUCCUUGUGCUCGCUGGCCCCGUGGGGACGGGCGGCGGGGCUGCCCGCGGCGUGUGCGAGCUGGGCCCCGCCGCCGUGGCGGGCGCCCCGCGGGCUGCUGGCCGUGCCGCCGCCCCCCGGGCCGCCGCUGCCGGCCGGGCUGAAGACGAAGACGGUGCUGAAGAAGCGCUGCAAGGACUGCUACAUCGUCCGGCGGCGCGGGCGGCUCUACGUGUGCUGCAAGAGCAACCCCCGGCACAAGCAGCGCAAGGGGUAGCGCCGGCCGGGACCCCGCAGGGCACAGAGCCGGCGCCGUGUUCGGCGGCCGGAGCCCCCCGCUGCCCGUGUCCCCGGCACCCCGCGGCCUCCGGGAGCUGGCAGCUGCGGACACGAGUCCAGAAAUCGUGUGCUUGACAAUGGUUCAUCUUUGGAACACCUAGAGCGAGGUGCGAUCUUGACGGCCCUUGCCGACAUUUCAAGCCGUGGAUGCGGAGAACUGAAGUGGGAAACAACAGGCUUCAGGAUCUCUUGUCAUCUUAAACGUGAAGCCUUAAAAUCACCGCGCUGUUAAAUCAGGAAGGGUGGAGCUGAAUCACUGGACUCUGAGGUGCAUUUGGGUUUAAUUAAGAGCAAAAUGAAAAUAAACUCCACUGAUGUUUAUUACUACAA